AUGUACCCAAAUCACGUUAGCCAACAGUACUGGAUACUGGGAGGACAGCCAGCUAUAAAAUCAUACAUAUUGCGAUGCGGCAUCUGUGCCAAACAAAGAGGAAUUCGCACCAGCCAGCUGCUGGGUCAACUACCCCUCGCGCGAGUAACACCUUCACGACCAUAUACCCAUACUGGCGUUGACUAUGCUGGUCCAUUGACAAAAAAGACCUGGAAAGGGCGAGAAGCCAAAACCUACAAGGCUUGGAUCUGCGUGUUCGUGUGCCUAGCUAUAUCCGCAGUACACCGCGACGCGGUAAGCGAUAACUCCUCGGAAGCAUUCAUUGCAGCAUAUCGAAGAUUUUCAAGCCACAAAGGCAUCCAAAGGGUAUUACACUCAGACUGUGGAACAACGUUCGUCGGAUCAGAUAAGGAUAUAAAAAAGCUAUUCAUACAAUGUACAACAGAACACCAUCACAUCACAAACAUACACACCGAUGACCAUGCACGUUGGGAAUUUAAUCCACCGGCAGCACCUCACAUGGGAGAAAAAUACGAAGCUGUAGUAAAAUCUAUCAAGUUCCACUUAAAACGCUCAACGACAGAGACAUUGUUAACCAUCGAAGAAAUCAUGACCUUGCUGUCACAAAUUGAGGCCAUUUUAAACUCACGUCCAGUACAACCAUUAAACGAUAAUCCCGAAUACUCGAAUUUUCGAAUCUCCAGAUGGCAAUUGUUACAACAGCGAGUUCAAAAGUUUUGGACACAAUGGACUAUCUACAACAACAACUCACAACAUCGAAGUGGCAUCAUCCAAGAAAUGAAAUUAAAAUUGGAUCCCUGGUCCUCAUCACUGAUCAAAGACUACCACCAUGUAAGUGGUUCCUCGCCAGUUAUUAAACUACAUCCUGGAAAGGACUGA